AUGACUAUUACUCCUAUUAAACCCGAGAACCAUAUUAAUGCCGCUACAACUGACACUAAUAACAAACUACCUAUAGUAGACUGUGUAGCUAGAGCUAGAAUACCCACAACAAAUGGUCCCGAAAUUUUCCUUCAUUUAUAUAAGAAUAAUCAAGAUGACAAAGAGCAUUUGGCUAUAGUUUUUGGAGAAGAUAUUAGAUCAAGGUCAUUAUUUAAAAGAAAAACACCUGACGAAUCUCAAAAAGAUAGAAUGAUCAGAGGUGCUUACUGUGGUAAAUUAUACCCCGGGAGAAACAUCGCAGAUGAGUAUAGAGAUCCUAAAACAAACGAACUAUUGGAGAAACUCUAUUUUGAUAAAGAAAGUGGCGAAUUACUAUCUCCCAGUAACACAACUAAUACGACUACAUGGGAUUCACAAAACCCCACUGUUGUUAGAAUACAUUCGGAAUGCUAUACUGGGGAAACCGCCUGGAGUGCAAGAUGUGAUUGCGGUGAACAAUUUGAUCGUGCAGGAGAAUAUAUUACUAACGUGAACGGUGGUAAUGGCCAUGGUGUUAUAGUGUAUUUAAGGCAGGAGGGUAGAGGUAUUGGUUUGAGUGAAAAAUUAAAAGCCUACAACUUACAAGACCUAGGUGCUGAUACUGUACAGGCUAAUUUAUUGUUGAAACAUCCAGCAGAUGCACGUGACUUUUCUAUAGGUAUUAGUAUACUAGUUGAUUUGGGAAUACAUAAUGUUAAAUUAUUAACUAAUAAUCCUGAUAAGAUUAACCAAGUUGAAUACCCACCGUUACUUCAUGUUGUACAAAGAAUACCAAUGAUACCUCUGUCUUGGACUAAUUCUGAAAAAGGUGUUCACUCCAAAGAGGUGGACGGUUACUUAAGAACUAAGAUCGUGAAAAUGGGUCACUUGCUAAAUGAGCCCAUAAAGUUGCACGAACCCAAAUAG